AGCAGCAGCAGUGUUGCCGCGAUACUUUUACUUUGAAAGGUCGAGACGUCUCUCUCGGGCGCAGCGGGGAACACAACAGCGCUGAAACGAAAGCCUGGACCACAUUUAAGGGCGUUUAUGUGGAUUUUGAUCAGAACUUAACAGGGAAAACGAGCUUAAUGUAACGUCUGCGUACACUCUCAACACAUAGUUACGCCCCCUUUACUUAGCAUAGCGAGCUAACGCUGAUUACUGACAGUCAUUAGUAACAUUAGUGACAUUAGUGAGCUUUGAAGACAUUUAGAAAAGCCGAGUGGCCAGGAUGCGAGAGGAUUAUUUUUGAGGAACGACCCCCAUCCACGUGCCAUGUCUCUGGUUUUCACCCGACCCAACACCAACGCAGUCCACGGCAAGAAGGAUAAGAGACUGAUGGCGGAAGUGAACGCGUCACCGCUCAAGCACUUUGUCACAGCAAAGAAGAAGAUCAACGGGAUCUUCGAACAGUUGGGGGCCUACAUCAAGGAGAGCGCUUUAUUUCUGGAAGAUACCUACAAAAAUGAUGAGCUGGACCCGGUCACCACGGAGGAGCAGGUCCAGGAGGUCCGAGGCUACCUCAACAAGGUGGCAGGGAUCGGAGAGGUGCUGGCCCGCAGGCACAUGAAGGUGGUCUUCUUUGGAAGGACGAGUAACGGAAAGAGCUCCGUGAUCAAUGCCAUGCUCUGCGACAAGGUGCUACCCUCCGGGAUCGGACACACCACCAACUGCUUCCUCAGGGUGGAGGGCACGGAUGGCAACGAGUCCUUCCUCCUCACUGAAGGAUCUGAAGAGAGGAAGAGCAUAAAGACAGUGAACCAGCUGGCCCACGCUCUCCACCAGGACGAGGACCUGGACGCCGGCAGUUUGGUGUGUGUCAUGUGGCCUAAAGCCAAGUGUGCUCUCCUCCGGGAUGAUCUGGUGUUGGUGGACAGCCCGGGUAUCGAUGUCACCACAGAGCUCGACAGCUGGAUCGACAAGUUUUGCCUGGACGCUGAUGUGUUUGUUCUGGUGGCGAACUCUGAGUCCACGCUGAUGCAGACGGAAAAGUCCUUCUUCCACAAAGUCAACGAGCGGCUCUCAAGUCCAAACAUCUUCAUCUUAAACAACCGCUGGGAUGCGUCAGCCUCGGAGCCGGAGUACAUGGAGGAGGUCCGCAGGCAGCACAUGGACCGCUGCACCAACUUCCUGGUGGACGAGCUGGGUGUGGUGGACCGGGGCCAGGCCAGCGACCGCAUCUUUUUCGUCUCUGCCAAAGAAGUGCUCCAGGCUCGUGUGCAGAAGGCUCAAGGAAUGCCUGAAGCAGGCGGAGCUCUCGCUGAAGGUUUUCAAGCCAGGAUGUUUGAGUUUCAGAACUUUGAGAGGCGGUUUGAGGAGUGCAUCUCACAGUCAGCAGUGAAGACCAAGUUUGAGCAGCACACAGUGAGAGCCAAACAGAUCUCUGAGGCCCUGCGCCGCAUCAUGGACUCAGUUCACAUUGCUGCACAGGAGCAGAGGGUCUACUGCCUGGAGACCAAAGAGGACCGUCAGGACAGGUUGGAGUUCAUUGACAAGCAGUUGGACUUGCUGACCUUGGACUGUAAGACCAAGAUAAAGAAGAUCACAGAGGAGGUGGAGAGACAGGUGUCUAAUGCCAUGGCAGAGGAGAUCAGGAAGCUCCAUGUGCUGGUAGACGACUUCCGCAUGGAUUUCCAUCCGUCAGCAGUGGUGCUGAAGGUCUAUAAGAACGAGCUGCACCGAUACAUCGAGGAGGGUCUGGGUAAGAACAUGUCUGAGAGGUGCUCCACAUCCAUCACUGGCGCCCUACAGGGAACACAGACUGACAUGAUAGAGGGUCUAAAGCCUCUGCUGCCGAGCCCAGUUAGAGAGCAGGUGGACAAGCUGGUCCCUCGUCAGUGCUUCAGCCUCAGCUACGACCUGGCCUGCGAUAAGCUCUGCAGUGAUUUCCAGGAGGACAUCAGCUUCCACUUCUCUCUGGGCUGGACCAUGCUGGUCAACCGCUUCCUGGGGCCCAAGAACACCAAGCGGGCCCUCAUGGGCUACAACGACCAGGUCCCUCGGCCCAUGGCUCUGACUCCGGUCAGCACCAGCAUGCCUCCAUUCCCACAGAGCUCCAUGACCCAGGAAGAACUGAUGGUCUCAAUGGUGACAGGCCUCGCCUCCCUUACCUCUCGUACCUCCAUGGGCGUCCUCGUGGUUGGUGGUGUGGUCUGGAAGGCAGUGGGCUGGCGUCUGAUCGCCCUGUCGGUGGGUCUGUACGGACUCCUCUACAUCUACGAGAGGCUCACCUGGACCACCAAGGCCAAAGAGAGAGCCUUCAAGAGGCAGUUUGUGGACUACGCCAGUGAGAAGCUGCAGCUCAUCGUCAGCUACACCGGGUCAAACUGCAGCCACCAAGUCCAGCAGGAGUUGGCCGGUGUGUUCGCUCAGCUCUGCCAGCAGGUAGACGUCACCCGUCAGAACCUGGAGGAUGAGAUCACUGACAUGAACAGCAAGAUCGAACUGCUGGACAGCCUGCAGAGCAAAGCUAAGCUGCUGCGGAACAAGGCAGGCUGGCUGGACAGUGAGCUCAACAUGUUCACACAGCAGUACCUUCAUCACAGCAAGUAAACCUGAGUGAGAGAAUCCACUGAGAGACUGAACACCUCCAGAAGGACAUGUGGUACCCAAAGUCACCAAGAGAAGGGACAUAGAGUAGUUAGGUUAUCAAAUUUGAAUGCUUGGUUUUUUUAUUUGGCGAAGUGCACCCGAGUCAGGAACAGAGUCCUGAGGUCUGCGAAUGACCUGCUGCACGAAAACGGAAACUAAAUAGAUGCCAAAUUGUAAAAAAAAAAAAAAAAAGACUGUAGCGCUGAUUUCCUGA